UGGCGUCACGCGGGGGCGGGCAGAGGGAAUGUCAGGGGCGUGGCGUUCCCACCCCGGGCGGACCCGAAGACAGCGUGGUUAAGUUGUUGAACGGAGCUCGGGCCGUGCGGGGCGUCUCGGAGAUCCUCACGGGUCCUUCGCGGGAUCCUCGGGGAAUCGCAGCCAGCAGGGCCGAGCGCUGGGUGCGGGACCCCUUGCUUCCGUGAGAUCGUCCAUCUGAGCGACGUGACUGCUCCCCCAAGACGUCCCUCGCCCUUCCAGGGCCACGCAAACUUCAGCGCAGCCCCCGAGGGGCUCAGAAAAUGGUUUAGAACCCCACGGAAUUGUCACGCCGGCGUCUUUCACUCGUCGCUCGUCGUUGGGGCUCGGUCAUUUGCCAGACUCUUGCCUCUGCAGUCUGGGUCGGCGGCGACUGAAGAGUGGGACGUAGGACUCGCUUGUUCGUAAAUUCAGAGCCCGGCUGCGAGUCAGCAAAACCUCGGACUUGAUAGCUAUUCUUGGUUAUCAACUUGACUGUCUGUGGAAUGAUCUACAAUCCAGAAAUGGAGGACGCACCUAUGAGAGAUUUUCUGCUUGGUUUGAAAUGAAUGAAUCUACUUCUAGUCCAGGCCUUUGAGGUAGGAAGAAACUCUCCUUUGAUCUGGAUCUUGAGGCUGGAAGACACAGGCCUUUAAUUCAGAUCUUGAGGUGGGAAGGCACACCUUUAAUCUGGGCCACACCUUCUGCUGGAAGUCUAUAUAAGGACAUAAAGGAAGGCAGCUUUUGCUGUUUGCCUGCUUCCCCUCGCCUAGCCCAUCCAUUCUCUCACUGGCAUUGGAGCAUACUUCUUUGGGAUUCCAGCGAAUGCAAAGACCAGCUGAGACACCAGCCUUGUAGGACUGAGCAGCUACUGAAUUUGGACUGUCUGUUCACAGCUCGUCGUUGUGGGAGUAGCUGGACUGUAGCCUGUAAGUCAUUCAGAGAGAGAGAGGUUCGUUCUAUAAGUUCUGUGACGCUAGAGAACUCUGACUAGUACAGAUUUUAGUGCCAGCAGUGGUUCUAGAGAAAGAGAAGUAUAAAGAUGAAUCUUUUAAGUAUCUGGAAUAGGCUUUUCAAUUCACCAGCACCUUCAACUACAGCCACUCCCUCUCCUGGGAUCUUGGAGAAUGCUGAAAGCCCGUGGUGCGAACUAUAUUACAAACUUAAAGAGAUAGAAGCAUUUGAUUAUCCUGAUUCACCAAUUGUAAGCGACAGUGGAUUUGACAACCUUGUAUAUGCAACUUUUGACAGUUUGGGGGAAAAUAAGGAAAAUAAUGCUGCUGGUUGGUUUCUCUUACUAUCUCUGGAUAAACUGAUAAAGGAUAGGAAUGAGCUCCGUGAUAAAAUUAACCAACUUCAGAAAAUGAAGAAGGAGAACAAAGAACUUAGUGACAAAAAUGACCAGCUCCAGAUGCGAAUAAAUAGUCUAAAGGUUUCUAAGUGUGCCCUGGAGGAGAAUUUUCUUGCCAGCAGCCACAGAACUCGAGUUGUGGAAAAUCAAACUGAAGCCCUCAUUAUAAGGUUGGCUGAACUACAGCAAAAACCCACAUCUCAGCCUCAGAGGGUGUCAGCCGUGAAAGUAAGGGCAUUAGUUGGUAAAGAAUGGGAUCCUGUAACUUGGGAUGGGGAUGUGUGGGAGGACCCUAUUAAAGCUGAGAACUUUGAACCCUCAGAUUCUCAAGGGCUUAUCUCACCUCAGGAAAUAGUACCCUCGGCCCCACCCCUUGAAAUACUGCCUUCUUCACCUUUCACUGAGGGUAUUAAUCCGUCAUUGACGGCUAAACCAGCAGUGACUUUCUCUGAAGAAGAUGCCAAUCAAGGCAAUACUGAUGUCCUUGAGAGCCCACCAAUAGCUCCUUCUAGAUGUAUAACUGGACCUAAAGCAAAGCAGGCUUCUAGAGGGGAGGUAGAAAGUGUAGUCCGUGAGGAGGUGCACUACACUACUAAGGAGCUUAACGUGUUUGCUCAUUCAUUUAAGCAGAAGUCUGGGGAAUAUGUGUGGGAAUGGGUUUUAAGGGUGUGGGAUAAUGGUGGAAGGAACAUAAAACUAGAUCAGGCUGAGUUUAUUGACAUGGGCCCUCUGAGUAAAGAUUGUAGGUUUAAUAUGGAAGCUCGCACAGUUAAAAAGGGGGUCAAAAGUUUGUUUGAAUGGUUGGUUGAAGCAUUUAUCAAAAGAUGGCCUACUGAAAAGGAGUUGGAAAUGCCUGAUCUCCCCUGGCUUAGUGUUGAUGAAGGGAUUUUAAGGCUCAGGGAAAUUGCAAUGCUAGAGUGGGUGUAUUGUGUAAAAUCUGAACCUUCUCAAUGGGAGGGUCCAGAAGACAUGCCCUUCACUAGUCCUAUAAGGCGCAAAAUGGUGAGAGGGGCACCAGCACAUUUGAAAAGCUUUGUGGUUGCCCUAUUCCUCGUGCCAAACCUUAGGAUUGGAGAUGCUGCUGCUCAGUUGGAUGAAUUAAAUGCAAUGGGUUUAAUUGGGCCCCAAGGUAGCAGGGACCAGGUUGCAGCACUGAAUUGCCCAAGGCACGAUGAUCAUAAUUAUCAUAUCGGCAGCAUAGAAAAAACAAUGUUCAUAAUGGCCUAACCAGUAAUGGUCAGCACAGACAAAAUGAAUUUUAUUUUGGCAUGAUUUGUAUGGACCUUUGGUACUGACUAAUCAAUCAUGGUGUUACCAGGCAUGACAUCAAUAAGAAGCCUACUGCAUUUCUCUUUGAUCUGUAUAAGCAGAAAAAUUCUCAAACAAAUGAAAGAAAGGCUAUACUGGACCUUGACAAAAUACAUUCUUGGCCAGUGAAUCAAUUUCCAGACUUGAGUCAGUUUUCAGACUGAGAACCUCUGAAAUAAAGGGAUGGCCAGGUUCCCCUAAGGAAAGAGUCUGAAAAGAUAGCUAAAAGCUUUACAGUUAGUCUUUCUCCAGGCUUCCCUGCAAUGGACCUACGGCCUUUUACAAGGGCAACUGUACACUGAGGGAAAGGAAACAAUCAGACUUUCCAGAGUCUAUUCGAUGCUGGUCCUGAAUUGACAUUGAUUCCAGGAGAUCCCAAGAAACACUAGCCCUCCAAUUAAAGGAGGGUUAAUAGAGGCUCUAUUAACCCAUAAUGGAUUAAUAGAGGCCAGGUGAUUAAUGGAAUUUUGGCUGAAGUCCAACUCACAGUAGGUCCCCAAACUCAUCUUCUAGUUAUUUCCCCAGUACCAGAACGUGUAAUUGGGAUAGAUAUACUUAGAAGUUGGUACAAAUGUCACAUUGGUUUCCUGACCUAUGGCGUGGGGGCUAAUAUCAUUAGAAAGACUAAAUGGAAGCCUUUAGAAUUCCAGAGGCAAUUGCCAAAGAAAAUAGUGAAUCAGAAACAAUAACACAUCCCUGGAGGAACUGCAGAAACCUAGUGCCACCAUCAAGGAUGUGAAAGAUACAGGGGUGGUAGUUCCCACACAUCUCCAUUUAGCCCUCCUAUCUGACCAGUGUGGAAGACAGGUAUGAGUUAUCAUGUAAGUGCUCACCAAAAGGUGACUUCAGCUGAGGAGGAAUUCAGUAAUCAAGUAGUAAGACCCAUUCUCUGGACAGUUAGCCUCUUUCCCCAGCCAUUCCUGCCAUUGCCCAGUGGGCCAAUGAACCAAGCCAUGAAGGCAGAGAUGGGAGUUGUGCAUGGGCUCAACAUGGACUUCCAUGCACCAAGGCUGACCUGGCUACAGCUGCUUCUGAUUGCCAGAUAUGCCAAUAACAGAGACCAACACUGAGCUCCAGAUAUGGCACCAUUCCCCAAGUUGACCAGCCAGCCCCCUGGUGAUAGGUUGACUACGUUGGACCACUUCCUCUGUGGAAAGGAACGCUUUGCCCUCACUGGAGUAGAUACUUAUUCUGGUUAUGACUUUGCCUUUCCUGCACAUAAUGCUUCUGCCAAAAUACCGUCUGUGGACUUAGAGAAUGCCUGAUCCACCGACAUGGUAGUCCACACAGUAUUGCUUCACCAGGGAACUCACUUCGCAGCCAGAGAAAUGCAACGGUGGGCCCACAAUCAUCAGAAAUCCACUGUUCCUAGCAUGUUCCCCACCAUCCUGAAACAACCAGCCUGAUGAUGGACUGGCCUUUUGAAAACACAGUUACAGUGCCAAUUAGGUGGCAGCAGCCUGGAGGACUGGGGCAGGGUUCUCCAAAAGGCCAUACAUGCUUUGAAUCAACAUCUAAUAUAUGGUACAGUUUCUCCCAUUAGCGAGGGUCCAUGGAUCUAGGGAUCAAGAGGUAGAAAAGGGAAUAAUUCCACUUAUUAUCACCCCUAGUGACCCACUAGGAAAAAAUUUGUUUCCUGUUCCUGUGAUCCUAAGUUCUGCUGACCUACAAGUUUUGGUUACAGACAUUCCAUUGUAUUGGAAGCUCAGCUUCCCUCUGGUCACUGUGCUUCUAAUGCCCUUAAACCAACAGGCUAAGAAAGGGGUAACAGUUUUAGGAGGGUGAUUGAUCCAGAUUACCAAAGGGAAAUUGGAUUGCCUCUCUACAAUGGAAGUAAGAAGGAUUCUGUCUGAAGUACAGGAGAUCCAUUAGAGCAUCUUUUGGUGCCACCAUGUCCUGUGAUUAAAGUCAAUGGGAAAUUUACAACAGCCUAAUCCAGGCAGGAUGACAAGGGAUACAGACACCUCAGGAAUGAAGAUAUGGGUCUCUCCUCCAGAAAAAGAACCAAGACUUGCUAAUGUGCUUGCCAAGGGUGGAGGAAAUACAGAAUGGGUAGGAGAGGAAGGUAGUUAUAAAUACCAGCCAAGGCCACGUGACCAGUUGCAAAAAAUGAGGAUUAUAGUUGACAUGAGUAUUUCUGCUGUAUUUUGUUAACACAUGUACAGAUAUUUGUGUUUUCUUUCAAUUCCUUAUAUGUUGUAACAUCAAUUAAAAGAAUACUAAUAGGAUGUCCCCCGAGGGACCUUGCCACAUAUUUUAAAUUUAUAAUGUGUUUGUAUUAUAUGAGGGAUAGUUAUAUCAUGUUAGGUGUAAUUAUGACCUGGUUAAAUAUAUAAUAAAUGUGUUUGUGAUUGUACAUGAGAUAGUUAUAAUGGUUAGGCAUAUUAUGACCUGGUUGUUUUCAUUUGGAAAUUAAUCAUGACCUAAGACGAUAUGAUUGUGUGUCAAGUUAACAAGAGAUGGACUUGUAAUGGCUAUUCUAGGUUGUCAGCUUGACUAUAUAUGGAAUGAACUACAAUCUUGAAGUGGAAGGCACACCUGUAAGAGAUUUUGUGCUUAGUUUGAAGUAGAUGAGUACACUUCGCAUCCAAACCUUUGAGGUAGGAAUUCCACCUCUGUUCUGGACCUUGAGGUGGGAAGGCACACCUUUAAUCUGGGCCACACCUUCUUCUGGAAGUCUAUAUAAGGACAUAAAGGAAGGCAGCUUUUGCUAUUUGCCUGCUUCCCCUCGCCUAGCCCAUCCGUUCUCUCACUGGCAUUGGAGCAUACUUCUUUGGGAUUCCAGCGAAUGCAAAGACCAGCUGAGACACCAGCCUUGUAGGACUGAGCAGCUACUGAAUUUGGACUGUGUGUUCACAGCUCUUCGUUGUUGGAGUAGCUGGGCUGCAGCCUGUAAGUCAUUCUAAUAAACCCCCUUUCUAUAGAGAUUCAUUCCAUGAGCUCUCUGACGCUUGAGAACCGUGACUAUGAAUACACAAGGACUAAGUCUCAAAGUGUGAUCUUUUACAGAGGUAGCCAUUCUGAUUGUCUUCCUUCUCAAAGUCUUAUCAUGCCUUUGCUAACGUUUCAAAAGGAAUCGUGAAGGAAAUGGUGCAGAUUUCAGGCUGGCCCUACAACACACCAUGCCUUGACCUACCAGUAACCAUCUAAAUCAACAUGCUUUUUCUUUAAUAAAAUAAAAAGGAGGAACUGUGGCAAUGCAUUGAUAAAAUCGCUUUUCUAGUCUAAGAGAAUGGAGCUUUUGCUGGACCGCACAGCCAGAGUUAGCAAUACCCCUUGAGGUCACUUGAGACUGCUGUCCUACUGUGUGCUCAGCCUAUUUGUCUACUCUGCCUUUAAGAGAACAAUAUAAGAGCCAACUUUA